AUGGCACAAGCCCAGCACCACCACUCCGACACCAGCGUCGCAAAACAAGAUCUCCAGUCCCACGAGGUACAAACUUCAUGCGCAGAAGCACGGGAUGUAGAAACGCAGGAAAGUAGGAAAAGUGCCAGUGCAUCUGCUGGUCUCAAUCUCAACCUCCUCGGCGCCCUCUCCGGCGCUUUCAGCUCGAGCAGCAAAAAGGGCACGAAGCAAAACGCCGAUGGCUCGAGUGAGACAACGAGGGAGAAGGUAGAUCGUGCCUCUGCAUCCGCACACGCCCAAGCUGCCGCAUCCGCACACGGCGCCGCACAAGCCCACGAGCACAACCGCAAGACCAGCACAAGGAGCGUGGGGACCGAAGACAGUGAGGCUAGAGAGGUGAAGCAGAGUAGGCUGGAAGCUAAGAAGAGGGUGGAUCAUUUGGGUAUUGAAUAG